GCACAGCCCGCCCCGCCCCCGCCCUGCCCCCCGCGCGCGCUCCUGGGCGUUGGUGGCGUUAGUGCCCGCGGUCCCGGGACAGCAGGAAGCAGACGACGUUUCCCUAAGUUCCUGAGUUGCCCACGCUGGGCUCAAACUUGCGAUCCUGAUCCUCCUGCUUCAGCCUCGCAGAGUGCUGGGAUUACAGACGCGCCCGCAGUUGACGCUACUUAGAGGAGCAGGACAACGAUGGAGCAGCCCGCGGACCCGCAGAAGAGGAAAGGGAGGCUGACGCUCGUGCUCGCCCUGGCCACGCUGGUCGCCGCCUUUGGCUCGUCCUUCCAGUAUGGGUACAACGUGUCCGCGGUCAACUCGCCCUCCCAGUUCAUGCAGCAGUUUUACAAUGAAACCCACUACAACCGCACCGGGGAGUUCAUGAAGCCCAUCUCCCUCACCCUGCUGUGGUCCCUGACGGUGUCCAUGUUCCCCUUCGGGGGCUUCCUCGGGUCCCUCCUGGUCGGGCCCUUGGUGAAUAAACUCGGCAGGAAAGGCGCCCUGCUGUUCAACAACAUCUUUUCCAUUGUGCCCGCGAUCUUGAUGGGGUGCAGCAAGGUUGCCAAGUCCUUCGAGCUCAUCAUAAUUUCCAGACUCCUGGUGGGCAUCUGUGCAGGUGUGUCUUCCAAUGUGGUCCCCAUGUACUUAGGGGAGCUGGCCCCGAAACACCUGCGAGGGGCCAUCGGGGUGGUGCCCCAGCUGUUCAUCACCAUCGGCAUCCUGGUGGCCCAGCUGCUUGGUCUUCGGAGUGCCCUGGCGACCGAGAAUGGCUGGCCCAUCCUCCUGGGGCUGACCGGGGUCCCCGCGGCACUGGAGCUGCUCCUGCUGCCCUUCUUCCCUGAGAGCCCGAGGUACCUGCUGAUUCAGAAGCGGGAUGAAGACGCUGCCAGGAAAGCACUGCAGAGGCUGCGUGGCUGGGACAAUGUAACGGAGGACAUGGAGGAGAUCCGGCAGGAGGACCAGGCCGAGAAGGCGGCCGGCUCCAUCUCCGUGCGGAAGCUGUUCCAACUGCGCUCCCUGCGUUGGCAACUCAUCUCCAUCGUGGUCCUCAUGGGCGGCCAGCAGCUGUCGGGAGUGAACGCGAUCUACUACUACGCAGACCAGAUCUACCUGAGCGCUGGAGUCAAGGCCGACGACGUCCAGUAUGCGACGGUCGGCACGGGGGCCGUCAAUGUGUUCAUGACCAUCUGCACCGUGUUCGUGGUGGAGCUCUUAGGCCGGCGCCUGCUGCUGCUCCUCGGCUUCUCCAGCUGCCUCUUGGCCUGCGUGGUGCUCACGGUGGCCCUGGCACUGCAGGACCAGCUGUCCUGGAUGCCCUACCUCAGCAUCGCAUGCAUCAUCGUCUACGUCAUAGGACAUGCCAUCGGGCCCAGCCCCAUCCCCGCGCUGCUCGUCACCGAGAUCUUCCUGCAGUCCUCGCGGGCGGCCGCCUUCAUGGUCGGAGGCACCGUGCACUGGCUGUCCAACUUCGCCGUGGGCCUCAUCUUCCCCUUCAUCCAGGAGGGCCUCGGGCCCUACAGCUUCAUCAUCUUCGCGGUGAUCUGCCUGCUCACCACCAUCUACAUCUUCCUGGUCAUCCCCGAGACCAAGAACAGGACCUUCGUCGAGAUCAACCACACCUUCGCCAAGAUGAACAAGGUGUCCAACUUCCACGACGACAAGGCGGAGCUGGCCGACCUCCCGCCGGCCGCCUCCAUGCAGUGACGGAGCCCGGGAGGAGCCUGGUUCCUGGUCGGCCCACGAUUUUUCCUGGGAUUCGCUUCCUGACUUCCGGUUUUCUGUGACAGCCAGACCAGAGAUGUGCGUGGGCUGGGAUGCAGGCUGCGUGGCCGACCGCCCUGCCCAGCGGGGCCUGUGUGGCCAGCUUCUGUGCUGCCCUCGGUGCCCGCUGUGCCCUGCAGCCUGGCCAGCCGCCAGCCCGGAGCCCAGGACAGCCGCUUUGAUGGGGCAGCCGGGGACAGAUUUUCUAACCAAAGCAGCUACCGCAGGGCCAGAGGGGAGGAAUUCAACUUCACCAGAGAAACCGGCCCUUCUCUGUGGCCCCUGUGAGCCUCCUGGGGCCCCUUGGGGCCCUGGCUUUUGGUCAGAGUUAAAUUCAGGCUUUGACCCGAGCCCCAUUGUGGAAAUGCCCGUCUGGGAAAGUGGGGUGCCAGGAAUAUGGCACAGAGAAAGCUGGGGACCAGUGCCCGGGAGAUAGCGCCUGAGCUGAGUGGAAAUGGAGCUGUGUCUGUAAGUCAAUAAAACGGAUCUGACCACGUUGGCGGAGA